UUGUGUCUGACUUCUACCUUUUCCAUUAUCUCUUGGCCCCUGCAUUCCCUCGACAUCUGGUUGACAUGUGAAGACCCCGCAAGACUUGUCUCCAAGUACAAGGAAUAUCUUCAUGGCAAUUCACAAGGAGACCGUCGGGCGGUGCUUGACAGUCAGAGACUCGCGGGUAUAUAUGAGGCUGAAAGUUUGCGGGUUGUGCCGAGAAACAUCCUGCUCGAGCGAUACAUGAGCACUCUACGAGAGCAAGAGCAUCUUGUCCUGUUGAUAUUCGGCCACAGAACCCCGGAGUAUGAUGUUGAGAUUGGAGGAUCAAUGUUUCGCAUGGGAGACUUACGCCGAGAGAUCCGAAACGGGCCUCAAGUGACCUUGUUCACCACCUCAUGUUAUUCCGGCGGUUGGCUAGUAGUCCCCGACAUCAGACAGCAACAGCUUAACGCCACAGCAAUCGCAACAGCUGGUCCACGCAGCAAACCCUCAUCGUGGCCCCUCAGCGGAAGUAUUGGACGAGUCAGCGGCAGCUUGGCCGCAUCAGCGGUACUACGCUGCCUGGUAGAUGCCGAAGAGGACGUUAAGGAGUGGUUGGAGCACCCGACAUAUAUAAAACUCGCGAAGUCUAUAUAUGACUGUAUGAAGGGGAUGGGAUUAUUCGGUGACAGGCAGCAAAUCCACUUCUCUUCGGAAAACGAUGAAUGGGAGACAAGCUAUCAGCCCCGCCUCGGUUUGCCUCUUGUGUCAUUCAAGGAAAAAUGGCAGUCCCUACGUCAGGUUCCCCCAUCGAUAUGCGCGGCAAGUAGCGAGGUGGCUAGAGCUGGCGGACGGCAGCUCAAACGUCUACAGUAUCUCGCACAAGAGUACCUUGCCUCCCACCCCGGUGCCGACAAUGCCGGUCCGAAUAUCGGCUUGCAUAACUGUCUGAAUCAAGUUCUCAAAGGAGCCAGCUACCCAAAAGAAAAAGUACAGGAAUUGACGGAAAUCACCGCGUAUAGACUCGGAGCUAUGUACGAGGCCGAUUACUUGCUAGAGCAAAUAGGGCUCCAGUUUCCGUCGAUCUUCGAUAUGGACCCAGAGGACGCACUUGGAAGGUUGCCCGAAAAACACUUGACGCUGAAAACAUGGUCAUUGCUUCUCUCGCACGACAUCAAUACAACUCCCAUUGGGAUUCGCCGACCGUAUGGCAAGCCUCUACAGUACCUUACACUUGCUCUGGUGGACAGAUAUAAGUCCUGGGAGGCAAUCGAGUGGCAGGUGAAGGCUAUGGCCGGCAAGAAAAUGGAGUGGUACAGAUUCAUCUACAAGGCAUGGCAGGGGCAUCGAGUCGCUAAUGAUGAGGGGGCGAGGAGGAAUCAACGUGCUUUCUUAGAGGCAUUCAAGAAGAUCGGACAUAAGAACUGA